AAACAACUAUGAUCUUCUGCAUUGGAGACGAGUUUACCCCUUGAAUUCAAGAUGGCUGCGCCCAUGGCCACACACGUUCGAAUAAAAGUGUAUUUUGAAAACAACGAGUUUGAUGCUUCGUGGUUAUUGAUCGAUACAGGUGAUCUCCGGACAAUGAAAGAUGUACAGCGACAUAUUUCCUUGAAAUUUCUAGGAAAGGCUGUCCCUCUGUAUUUAUCUUUGCAAGGAUGUUUACUUCCAGAUUGGGAGAAGUCAGUUAUUUUAAGAGACAAUGAUUGUGUUAAUGCAAGGUGUAUCCAUCAAGAUAGCUAUGAAAACCAAACUAUUUUACUGUCAAAUGAACAAGAUGGGGACAUUAAUGUCAAAUCUGAUAAAAAGAAAAAGCAUAAACAUGAAAGAGAAAAAAGUAAAGAUGAAAUGACAUCUGAUUAUACAGACAACAAGGACACCUUUUUAACUGAGAAGGAUGUGCAAAUUGCUACAAGUAGUAUUGUUCCCAUGGAAACUUCACCAGCAAAACAAAAACACAAGAAAAAGAAGCAUAAGCAUAAACAUGAAGCUGUUGAUGAGAUACAAACUGAACAACAAACAGAAAAGAAUAGAAAAAGGAAAUUCUGUACUGAGGAAAAAAUAGUAGAUGUCAGUUUUGAUGAGCCUGUUGGUAAGAAAAAGGCAGUUAAUUCAUGUGAACAUGACUUGUCUUUGAAACCCAGUUUGUCACAAGAAAACAUUUCCAUUGAAAGAUUUCCAGAUUCAGACCCUGCUCAAACUAAACUUACCAUAGGUGUUGCAGAUGAAAACAAAAUGAAAAAUGAGAUUUUAUUAGAGGAACAUGGAAAAGGAAGUGAAAAGAAAGAGAAAAGAAAAAGGAUAAGAAAAAGGAAAAGAAAAAGUGUAGCAGAAACUUCUUUUCAAACACGGAACUCUGACACUAAUGUUGUAAAAAAUGCUUGGAAUUGGAACACCGGAAAAACUUUGUAUAGUGAACCAAUAAAUUCAAAUGCAAAUAGAAACCAUAAAAAAUUUAUGUCUGACAGCAACGAUAGUGGUGAAGACACUAAAACUGAUAAGAGUGGGAAACAUAAUUCAUCAAUCAAUUAUUCAUACAAUUAUGAUAAUACUUCAGAAAGUAUGCAUCAGACUCAAACUAAUACGACAUAUAACAAUUCAUAUUCAAGACAGUCCAAAUCAGACAAUCAGAUUAUCUGUGAUAGAAAACCAGACUGGAAUAAAUCAGUAAGUAGUAUUGGUCAUGUAGUAGAGACAGGAAGUCCAAAUAAACUAAGUGAAAAGAUUGCAGACCAACCAUCAGUAUUGUCAACAAGUUAUUUAGCAAAUGGAGUUGCUGUGUAUUCAAGAAAUAGACGAAAACAACAGCAAAAUUCAAAACAGUAUACUGAGCUAACCAAAGAAGAUCAAUUGAAUACAAAACUAACAAAUGUGUCAGUUAUUUUACAGAAUACAACAUUUGAUAACAAUGAGCAAGGUAAUUUAGAUCCUGAAAAAGAGACAUCAGUUGUUUAUGAAGCAGUGCCAUUAGAUUACAGCAAGUUUCCAGAUUUGAUUGGUCCACCUAGACCUAGAGAUAGACUAGCAUAUAAAGUUAUUGAAUUGUCUGAGACAUAUACACCUGAAGUUUCUGAUUAUAAGGAGGCCAUAGUUGUCAGUUACACACCAGCAACAAAAACUGUAGAGUUAGAUAAUCAACAGGAAGGAAAGUCGAAACUGAAUGUGAAUGGAAAAUUUGAAGUAGUCUUUGAAGAUGAAGAAAACAUUGCCAUAGAAACAGAUAUAAAGGUUUGCCUUCCACUAGAAUCAUUGAUAGAGCCAAAACUUUUAUCCUAACAAUAGAUGAAUUGUCGAAAAAACUGGGAAGAUUUCAUAAGCAUUGAAACAAUGCAUCUUCAAUAUGUUUUAAAGGGAUGUGUUCAACUUUCAUGUACUGUAGAUGUGAAGGAAUAAUUUUUUUUUACAAAAAGUCAAUAAAAUAGUUAAAAGAAGUAUA